CCCAGACUUGGUUCACUGGUUCAGUAUAAAUACCUAACCCUGGGCUAACGUGUCACACAGCAUCUUCACUCUCACACAGCAUCUCUGCAGCACAAGGGUCAGAAUGUCUUAUCCAGUCACCGCCCAGCCCCAAAUGAUGCAGGGGUAUGCCACCGGCAGCAACCAAUGGAAUUCUGAAGUCAUGGACUGCUGCGAGGACAUGGGCAUUUGUCUUUGUGGAGCAUUUGUUCCUUGUAUUUUGGCAUGCAGAGUGGCAACAGACUUCGGGGAGUGCUGCUGCUUGCCAUUCCUAGGGGGCACUGUGCUUGCAAUGCGUACAGGCAUUAGGGAAAGAUAUCACAUUCCGGGAAGCAUCUGCAAUGACUGCGUGUGUCUCACAUUCUGUGGUCCCUGCACCCUGUGUCAGAUGGCACGUGAGCUGAAACACAGGAAAUGAAAAGAUCAGAAACCCUGUUAUGUGUUGGAGCUAUGCUGGCGUCAAGUGACUGUAUGAAUUCAUGAGAAAUGGAAAGAAGACAGACUGUGAAAUCCUCUCUGCACUCAAUACAGGGGAAUAGGUUAUAGAGUCUGUUACCUUACCACUAACCCCCGUGAUAGGAAACAGCUUCAUACCAUGCUGGAACUGGCUAUUUUAUAUAUAUACAGUAUAUAUGUGUGUGUAAAUUAUAGUAGAUAAACAUUGGGGAUGACUUAAGAUAAAAGAAUUAGAUAAAAGAAUCAUUACAUAAAAGACAUACAUAUGAUAAUAGGGGGUGUAACAUCUAUGGGGCCAUAAUUAGGGAGGACCAUUUCCCUGUCAAAACCUCCCAUGUACAUUAUAUGCUUUUGUUAAUCACUUUUGUAAUGGGGUUUACAAAUGUCUGGUUAAACACCUCUCCAUUUCAUUAUUAUCUUCUAUGUUCUAAAUUCUUUUAUAUAAUAACAUUUUUCUGGAAUAAUCAUACAUAUACAAAGUCCCCUGUGAACAGUAUAUGUAACCACAGUUUCCUUAAUGUCACUUGCCCACAGUUAUUUGCUUUAAUGAUAUUUAUUGAGAUAUAGACUAAUGUUUUAACUCCUACGGGGUAACUCAAUUGUUUUUUGGGCGCCCAUGAGUAGCGGGCGCCCCGAAGGUGCUUUGCCAAUAGGGCAGGACUGCAUUAACUGCAAAAAGUCAGCAGUCUGGGUGCCCAAAAGUGGAGACGUGUUUAGCCGCGUAAAGCUUUAGGGUGAAACAAGCACAAUAAUUAAUUUGGGUCCGCAUCCAUUUUCAUAUCAAUUGAAUAGCUUAACUGUGCAUACACUGCUUUUGGGUGUGCAAAACCCAAUUGAAACCCCCCUUUACCCAUUAUAACAUCAUCAUAGCACCCUGUCUAUGUGUAAUGCUUUGUAUAGAACUGCAGAACUGGUAACAGCUUUAAUUUUCCUCUUUUUUCUGCAAUUUAGGAAUAUAUUUUUGUAUGAUGACAAAAUAAAACAAUUUAUGAAAUGCA